UGAAUUCAAAUUUUGGUAUACUGCGUGGUAGAAAAGCACAUCACCUGCGGUUGAAUUGGGAUGGAUUAUUUUCAUCUGCUAGGUAGUGAUUUUGCAGUAACAGCGUAUAAAUAGUUUCAUGUACUGCUUUUCUAUUAAUUGAUUUAACUAGAGUUGACACACAGGACGUAUUUAGAUAUGCUUAAGCUUAGUUGUUUGACACUUUUACUCGUCUUAUCUUAUGCUUCUUUAAUGGAAAUGAUACAACUGGAUUUUAAGAUUUGUGGAGUAAAGUGUUUGACUGGGAGAGCUGUGAAUAAGUUUAUCCUUCACUUGAAGUGUCGAAAUAAUACUCAAAAGGUAAUUAAUUCCGGAAGGAACACUUGUCUGUUGCAGUCAUAUCAGCAAACCAGUAUCAAUAAAGGGCAAAUGAAAAUAACGUAUGAUUCAGAAUUGGAUGAAAAAGAUUGUCAUUUGUCACCGGAGAUAAUAAAAUCACCAGAAGCAUUAAUUGCCAAUUUGUCCUUUGGAUGCAAUACUGAUAUUACAUAUGCCAUCGAUCCUUUGUCUGUGCUCCAUGGAAAUCCAGCACAUUUCGUUUCGUUAAAUGAGAGUCAGCCUCUUUUAAUUACGGCAGACAAUGUCAACAUCUUCCUGCAGCCUAUGUUUAAAGACAUUGAUUGUAUAUCAAAGCAUCAUUGUACUUGGUCGGCAUAUAAUAUUCACUGGAGUACUGAUCGAGAACUUAUGUAUAAUGGAUCUCAGCUUGGAUUUCUCGAGUCUCCUUUGAUAUUUGGUACAAAUGGAAAUGAUUGUUUAAAAUGGAAAAUGGCAGGGUCUGGAAAUGUUACAAUUCUUGUUAGAAGCUACGAUUUGAAGAGGGUCUUUGUGAUGAAAUCCUAUCUCUUGACAGAAAAGUACAUGGAAUACAGUUUAAAAAUGGGAAAAAUACAUGUACCAUUUUUUGUGCGUCUUCAGUUUUCCGAAGUUAUAAACGAGUCUAUCAAAAUAUCCGAAAUUGUAUUUAAAUUUUGCAGAUCAGAGAUUUUUAGAAAUUGCACGUUUGAAGUGACCCCUGUGUGUCCCUUUGUUGAUUCCUUUAAUGGUUGCAGGCUUACUAGGACACAUGGCGAUCCACACAAAGACACCAAUGAAUGGAUGUUAGUAACACGGAAGGACUAUUGCAAAAGCGUUAAGGAGCUUACAUCAUCUUUCAAAACAGUGAUAUUUCCACCCAUACUUGGAAGAAAUACGUGCCAAAUACUGUUGACAACUUAUGGAAACUUGAGGUGGUACUGGAGAAUUUGCUUCCUUGACAACACCUGUAGUAACAGAACAAUUCCAGCUGAAAUUAAUGCCACACCAUCUCUUCAAACCUACAUCUUUCCUGUCUCAAACAUCUCUCAGAGAUAUAAACUUGAAUUCAGCACUGUUCAUCUGGAUAGUAUGAAGUUCCUAGGAAUCAUAAAAAUAGCCUUUUCAGAAAGUUGUUUUCAAAAUUCCUCGUCUUCAGCAUUGAUUCCCUUAGAUUUUACUCAAAGAGAUGGGAUUCAAUUGAAACCUAGCAUUUUUAUGGUUAUUGCAGUUUUGGUCCUAUGUUUACUCGUUCUGUUUAUUAUCUCCCUUGGUAUAGCCAGAAAAAGACGAGGAUUCUGCCCACAUCUUAAGCCUCCAGACUCUACUGACAAAAAAGUGUCAAUACACGACUUUUUAGCUACAAUGACUGUAGAAAAAACUUUGGAGAGUAUAUUAACAGAAGGGAAUCCAAAUUAUCGAUGGUAUAGUCACAGAUUGUUGAAAGGAACGAUUGUUGAUAUAGAUAAAUCACAAAUUCAAAUACAUACAGAUAUAGCAGCUCGUAAUUGUCUGCUUACAAAUUUAGGACCCAAUCGAGUUGCAAAACUUGGAGAUUUUGGCCUUGCCAAAGAUAUAUUGUUGAAGGACUACUACAGAAAGGAGGGGACCGCCUUACUUCCCAUUCGAUGGAUGCCCCCAGAGGCGUUUCUUGAAGGAUAUUUUACAUCAAAAUCAGAUGUUUGGUAA